UUGAAACAACCCUGUGUAAUUAUUGCCGAGUGCUUCGUAUUUGUCCUUUCUCUUUUUAAAGCUAUUGCUUGCGUAAGUCAAUUUCCUGAGUGAACAACCUACUCGUUAACGGACGCAUAGACAUUUUCCAAAGUUUCAUUUGUCUGCUAGACUCACCGGCUUUUCUCUGCACGCAUCCUCCUCACUCCACAAUGGAUUUGGUCUGGAGCCUGUGCUUCGUUGGGAGUCUGUGCGCUUGGUUUGCAUCUGCAGAAAGGCACAGCGUAUAUUGGAAUAGAACAAACACCAAGUUCCUAUGGGACGACUAUGCGGUGGAGGUGCGGCUGAACGACUACCUGGACAUCGUGUGCCCCCACUACCCGCUGGGCGAGGUGGCAUCGCAGGAUGCUGAGCGCUACGUGCUCUACAUGGUGGAGCGGGAGGACUACGACGCUUGCAAGCCUCAGUCCUACGACCAGAUGCGCUGGGAGUGCGGCCACCCCUUCGCACCCCACGCCGCUGAGAAGUUCUCCGAGAAGUUCCAGCGUUUCACCCCCUUCACCCUGGGCAAGGAGUUCCGCCAGGGAGAGAACUACUACUAUAUCUCCAAACCUCUGCACCACCACGGACAGGAGUGCCUCAGGCUCAGGGUAGACGUCGUAGCUGCUGAUGGAUCUCAAGAGGCCAGGGUUGCAACUGGAAGAGCUGGAGCUGGGGGUGGAGCACACAACGUCUCCAACAGACUGCCUGCAGAUGACCCAGUGGUAAUCCUGCCAGAUGUCCAGAAAAGCGUGCGGACAAAUUCAGCGGUUUCUACAGCGUCCUUCUCCAUCCUCUCAUUGAUGGUGCCAGUCUUAUUAUUACUGUCAUUACAGUGAGACUCUGAAAGAACUACAGAUCCUAUAGACUUGGAGGGACUACAAUGAAGUUGGUCUGUGGGGAACCACAGACACAAGACAGUUCUCAAAGCCCAAGUGCUGGUCACUGGGAGAGGGCCAUUUUUAAUGUUGUAAAUACAGAUGGACACACAUUCACUAAGUGUGCUGAGUGAGACUUUGGUUUGAGUUUUGUGAGGAGGCAUUAAACUAUCUCCUUUCUUAAGAUGUCAGUAUUUCCUGGACAGAUUUUGUUCUCUUUAAUGUUAGUAUUUUUUUUUUUUUUUUACAC